AUGCGUCCUGGUCAAGUUGUUGUUCUACCUCGAGGCGCGGCUCUAGCUUUGGCACGAUCAAAUAGUAUGCGCCGUCGACAAGCUAAAGAUCCGACAUCUACUCGCGAUAAACGAUUGUGUACGAAAGAAAAUUGUUUAACAUGCUGCAAGAAAUUCACCGCAUUUAUGUUUUCACGUGUUGGCUUAUUUCUUGUGAUGAUUGGUUAUGUUGCGCUGGGUGGCUUAUUAUUUCAGGCGUUGGAAGCUGGAAAUGAACAUGAUAUGCGUCGUAUUAUGCAUGAUGAACUGACUAUAACACUUGAAAAAUUAUGGAAAGGCAUUUUAGACGCUAAUCCACUUCCGGACAAAGAAAAACGACGAAAUUUUAGUAUUUAUGCAACAAAUGAACUUCAACUAUUUGAAAAUACAGUUACUCGACAAGUAGAAAAAGGUUUUGAUGGACGAACAACAAAUUCCGAACAUGAUUGGAAUUUUUUUGGUGCUGUUCUGUAUGCUGUUACACUUAUCUCAACUAUUGGUUACGGCCAUAUCACGACAAAAACGACGCAAGGCAAAAUAGCGACUGUUCUUUAUAGUGCAUUUGGCGUACCUUUGAUGAUGCUUUUCGUAGCAAACAUUGGUUCAACAAUGGCAAAGCUAUUUGCAUUUGUAUUCAGUCGUAUAACAAUGGUAUUUUGUUGUCGAAUGACUAAUAAAAAAAAACGAGCACUAGCAUUGAAAAAUCGACAAAAAUUAAUGGGAAAAAAUAAUCAUUCUGCCAUUGCGAUCGAUGAAAAAUUGCCAAUAUCAGCAAUAAACGCAAAAUCAAAUUUAAAACAAAUCAAAGAUGACAACGUCAAACAAAUGAAUUCUUCAAUGACGGAAUCAUUGCCGAAUUUCACAACAGAUAAUAAUUAUUCAAAUGAAUUACGACAAUUACCAGCCGAUAUGCGUUUAAAUAUUCUUACAGGAAUGCCGAAUAAAAGUAAAACGAAUUCGUUAACAUCAUCAACAAAUUCUAUUGGAGAAAAAUCCAAAGAUGCAAUUUUUCGCAUCAAUGAACUCAUACGACAAAAUUCUGUUCAAGAUAUAGAAGAUACAAAUGUUGACGAUGUACCUGAACGGCGACGAUCGAUUGACGUUAAUCCUAUUCAAUAUUAUAUUAAUGAAACAAACAAAUUAACAAGCAAUCUUGAUGAUCCGGCUCACGAUCAAUCAAUCGUAUCUAUAGAACAAGACGAAAAAAAUAUGAAACAAGUUGCCACAGUAGAAGAUGUGGUCAAUGAAGAAAACACUAAAGAGUCAAAAAAGAAAUCGAAAAAAAAUUUAAAACGUUCAAAAUCUGAAUCAACACACGAUCGAAAUUCAACAAAAAAAGCUAUUAAUAAUGUAUCAUCCACUGAUGAGAAUACACCAUCAACUACAACAACAACAACAACAACAACAGCAGCAGCAGCAAAACCUUCGCGUCGUCGUUUUUUCUCACGUAAAAAUAAUAAAUUAAAAAAACAAGUAUCUACCGAAGAUGAUACUAAUCAAAAUUCAUUAAAUCAACAGACCAAUGAAAAACUAUCACACAGAUCAAAAAGUCUUAAAGAACCACAUUCUACUCGAUCAUCGCCACCACCACCGGAUUAUGAACAAUCGACCAUCAACGACAUAACUCCAAUACCAACAACUAUAAAAUGGAAAGGUGAACAUGAAUUUUAUCCAAUGAAUACAGCAUUAGAUUUAGCAAAUGGCGACUUUAACGAUGAAGAUUACGAUGAGGAUGAUGACGACGAUGAAGAAAGUGUUCCUUUACUUGUUACUGUUUUUGUCAUUCCGCUUUAUUUAACACUUGGAGCAAUUCUUUUCAGUAUUUGGGAACGAUGGAGUUUUCUUAAUGCAUUUUAUUUUUGCUUUAUUACAUUGACAACAAUUGGCUUUGGUGAUUUCGUACCGGGAUCAUCAUUAAAAGUUGAAGCUGAAAAAGAAAAACUUAUAUCUGCAGCUGUAUAUAUUUUAUUUGGUCUCGUACUUAUUGCGAUGUGUGUUAAUUUAAUGAAAGAACAAUUAAGUCAAAAAGUCAAACGAGUCGCUAGCAAAUUGGGCAGUUUCUGA